AUGAGAGAAGCGACGCCGCAGUGGAUGCUGGAGCGCACAGCCCCACCCGGGAUUACGGCCUCGCGCAAACGGCAACGAGGUGACUCCAGUGCCUCAGGCGGCAGUGGCGGGGAAGAGGGGAGCCACAGCAACGACAGCGGCCAAUCCCUCUCCUCAGUUGCUGCGUUCCACGCAGAUGAGGGAUACGUGCCCCCGCGAAGCCCAACACACAGGAUAUGUGGUGACACGAUUGAACACACCACGACUUCCUCUGCUCUGUCACCUUCUGCGAUUGUUGCGGACACCGUGGCCCCCGUUGUCAGUGGCGAGGGUGGAUCGUUUUUUAUGAUUUACCUCAACGAAAGGCCAUCGCGUGUGGCCGCCCUCACGCCGUACGUCAAUCCUCGAAAGCUGUUCGGCCACGAAGGGGUCCUGUUGCAGGACGUCACCGUAAAUCGUUAUCCACUUCUGCUGCUGCCAUGCCCGCACACGGGCAACGUCACGGUGCAUCCAUGUCACCGUUACCGGCUGAUGAAGUUCGUUGGGGAGCACCUGUGCCUUGCCGGUGACUUUCACCCUGUGACGGAUGAGGAAUGCCAGCAGCGCAGGGAGAAUUCCUCCGUCACCGCCCGACGACGGCGGCAGCAGCGAGAGUCGUGGGCCAUGAGCGAGCUGAUGGGUAUGAUGGUGUACCUGCAGUCUCACCCGCAGAGCACACCGGAGGACUUUGGGGCCCUUCCACCAGAGCAGGCGGCGUGGUAUCACUCGCGUGCGAGGAAGGCGCUACUUGGGUCAAGUGCAUGCAACGAGCUUGAGAACGAUGAUGAGGCGGAACUUAAAGGUGAGGAUAACCUCCUUGCUGGGGUGAGUAGCAGCGACAGAGGUCCGCAGCCGACGCGUGUGCGAAAGUAA